AUGCAAAAGCGGAUUAAACAGGUCAUAGCAGACCUAGGAUGUAUCUGCCAAUUCUACAGCAUUACCUUUUCUCCUGAGAGGGAGUGCCGGCUUCAGGAAUACCGCAACGAGCGACUCGACGAUCUAAGCAAGGAAAUCUUCGAUACCCUUAUCCAAGAUUGGAAGAUCCACUAUUUGCUCUUACAAAACCACCUAUACAACAGAUGA